CCAGGAGACAUACAGAGAGACUCUGAGAGACAAAACAAACAUCAUGGCAUCAGGAUAUAAAGUGCAGGAUCUGAGGAUUGUUUUAUUGGGAGUCUCUGGAGCUGGAAAGAGUCCAACAGCAAAUGCAAUACUGGGGCAAGAUGCAUUUAAAGAGAGCAGAACCAGACAGAGUGAGAUACAGAGAGGAAGAGUAAGGAGCAGAAACAUCUCCAUCAUCGACACUCCAGGAUUCUUCAACACGCAGCUGACUGAUGAAGAGCUGCAGAAACAGAUGAUGAAAAGUCUUUCUCUCGCUGAUCCUGGUCCUCACGUGUUCCUGCUUGUCAUCAACCUGGAGACCUUCAGAGAGGACGAGAGAAACAUUGUAGAAAAGAUUCAGGAGAUCUUUGGAGCUCAAGCCUUGAAUUUGACCAUGCUGCUGUUUACUAGAAGAGAACUAAUGUCAAACAGAGAAUGGAUGGAUAUUAAGUUUAGUAGAAAGUUUCAGGACCUAAUCAGUCACGGCAGAGGACAAUAUCAUGUGAUCAACAGAAAAAGUGAGAUUAAUGAAACUCACAUCACCAAGCUUCUAGAGAAAAUUGAUGAAAUCAUCAAGCAAAAUGAUGAAAAAUAUUAUAACAAUGAGAUUCACUUAAAGUCUACAAUAAAGAUUAGAAAUGAAAAUAAAAAACAACAGGAAGAAAAUGAAAAGGACAGAAAAAAAGAGCAAGGGGAACAGAUAAAACCAGAGCAAAUAAAAAUAGCCUGGGAAACAAUUAAAAUGCACAGUGCCAAGGAUAAGAACACAAGAAAUGUUGUGACCGAAAAGAAAAGUUUCCUUUCUAAUGUGACAAAAAGUGAAAUAAAUGAAUUACAUGAAGACAGAUUUAGAGUUCAACAGGAAAACAAGAAUGAUGAAGAGGAGUUGGUCAAACAAUCAGUAAAAUCACUGAAAAGCGCAUUCGAAAAUAUGGGAGAAAAAAAUACAGUCCAGGAACCGAACAAAUGCUGGAAAACAAGCGGAAGAGAAAAAUGGGACCAAAAGAAACCGACAGAGACAGAACAACAUCGAACCCAAGCCGAGUCCAUACAGAACAGACGCACACAAUCUGGCGACUGCAGAGAUCUCAGGAUCUUAAUGGUGGGUAAAACUGGAGCUGGAAAGAGUGCGACAGGAAACACCAUCCAGAGACAAAAAACAUUUAAAGAAGAAUUAUCUACUGAAUCUGUGACUAAGAUUUGCCAACAGCAUCAGCAGACAGUAGAUGGUAGAAACAUCUCAGUGAUCGACACUCCAGGACUGUUUGAUACAUCAAUCAGUGAAGAACAACUGAAGACGGAGAUCGAGAAGUGUGUGGAGAUGUCUGUUCCUGGUCCUCAUGCGUUUCUUCUGGUCCUCAGACUGGACGUGAGAUUCACAGAUGAGGAGAAAAACACAGUGAAAUGGAUUCAGGAAAACUUUGGAGAAGAAGCUGCAUGUUACACCAUCAUUCUGUUCACUAGAGGAGAUCAGUUAGAUAAACCUAUAAAGCAGUUUCUGGCAGAAAAUAAGCAGAUUAAUGAGCUAGUUAGUCAGUCUAAAGGCAGGUAUCAUGUGUUCGAUAAUACAGAUGGAAAAAAUCAAUCACAGGUCACUGAACUGCUGGAGAAGAUCGACAGAAUGGUGAUGGAGAAUGGAGAGCAUUACACAAAUGAGAUGUACAGAGAAAUGCAGAGAAAAAUCUGUGAAGAAGGAAAGAGUUGGAGCGAGGAAGAAGAGAGAAAGCAGGUGGAAGAGGAAGAAAAUAUAAGGGAGGAUGAAAGAAACAGGCUAUUGAACAUGGCUAAAGAUGUGGCCUUAGUGGGCGCAGGUGUGGUAGUGGGUGCAGGAGCAGCAGUUGCUGGAGGUGCAGUACUGGCCUCAACUGGUGGAGCGACACUAUGUGCAGCUGUAAUCUCAGGAGCUGCAGUGGCUGGAAAUGCGGUACUGGCCUCUACUGCUGGUGGAAUGACACUAACUGAUGCUUUAAUGACAGGAGCAGCAGUUGCUGGAAAUGCAGCACUGAAAUCUGUUACUGGUGGGGCAUCACUAACUGAAGCUUUAAUUGAAGGAGCAGCAGCAGCUAUGUCAAUAAUUCAAGUUACAGUUACAGAUCCAAGAAGCUGAAGGAAAUGCAGCAAACGAUACAUAAGUAGUUACAAUUACUGAAGGAGUGCUACUUGGAGUCAGAGUCUCAGAGCAUAAUUUGAGCAGUAGUUUUAUUAUACUACACAUAUGUGAAGUGAGGAUCGCAUAUCAUUAGCAAGAAUUCAAACAUAUAGUUGGAUGGAUAGAUCACUGGAGAGUCCGUUCAAAUCGUCAUCAGCUGCGGGAUCUGCCCUUAAUGGUGUUGAGGUUUGGCUAUUUAAUAAAUUAAUAGCAAGUAAUAAUGUUCUUUGAUGAGUGACAGCUUUG